GAUUCUGCUCUUCUUCUUCUCGCUGCAGCCCCCAAAAUCCCCCCUUCCAAGCCGCCGGCACCAGCUUUGAAAAAUUGGUGAGAAAGCUUCGAAUUUCUCCUUCCUUUCUUGUUCUAGAACCUGAUUUGGAACCCAGAAAUUCUCCCCCCCCUUGCUGGAAAUCCGGAUCUGCUCUGUUCUUCCUUCCUCACCGCCGGCUGCUCCUGCUUGUGGGGGGCGAAUUGCUUGGGUUUUGGGUAAGAAACAGCUACCAAUCCCUCUGUUCUUGCUUGAAUUAACUUGGGUUAACCUUAAUUGCUCUUGUUCCUCCAAUUUUUGGGAAACCCGUGAGUUCCCUGCAGAUUUGCCACCGGCUUCUUCUUCCCCCUGCAGCUCCGGUUUUGCUUGCUGGAUUCUAGUUCUUGAUCGUUCUGUCAGUUAGUGCGUGAAUUGAGUGCUCGGUUUUAUGCGAGUGAGGUAAGUAAAUUAUGGUAACGCCCUUUGAUUUUAAAAGCAUGUUUUGUUUUGUUUUUGAAGUGGUGGCGGGACUAAACCCGUUUUACACAAGUAUGACUGAUUUGAAAUUUAUGUUAAAUAGUCAGUUUCAUAAUGUCAAAAGCCUUGAUGAAGAAGAUAGUGUUAAUCUUAGAUCUUCACCUAUGGUUGUAUUCCGUCCCAAUUUCAUGCCCAUUUUAGAAGAAACUUGCAGAGACAUCAAAAGGCUCAAACAAAUUGGGAGGUACUUUGUUGCUGAAGUUGUUGAUGAGGCAAUUACUGCCAUGAUUAAUGUUGGAGAAAGUGCACUAGAAAAAGAUGAGAUGACAGAUGGGAUGAAGUUGGUGCAACUUCUCAUUUCUUGUGUCAAAGCAUGGCAUGCCGUGACAAAUCCCAAGAAUCAGCCAUGUUAUCAGAGCUUCAUGCCAAUGCUCUGGUUUUUGGCUUUGCUUUUAAGAGGUGGCAUUAUGUUUUGUCUAAGGCAACCGAUGGUCUAGCUAUGAUUCAAGCUCUUAGUGCUAUCUUGAUUGUGGGACCAAUGAAUGCUUCUUGCAAUAAAAAAGAGGAAGCUCU